AUCUGAAUCCACAUUUUCUGAAGGAUUUUCUCUCUCUAGUCUCUCUCUCUCUCUCGCUCUAUAUUAUCCACAAUCUCAAUUCGAUUUGGCCUCACCUUAAAACUACCAGAUUUUUGUUGAUUGGAUCAUUGGAGAGCGAAAGGGAGGGAUGGAAAUUAAGUAAUAUAUUUUAAUUUUCUGAAGGAUUUUGAUUUUUGUGAGGCAGAGAACGCAGAACAGAGUAUCCGUACAAGCAAGGAAACCAUUUGGUUGUCUAUCUGAAACACUUGAGCACUGGCAGCACUUCAAAUUCAAUGGCUCUUCUUCAGCUCAUUCCCUCUUCUUCGUGUUCUUCUUCUUCUUCUUCUUCUUCUUCUUCGUCUCUAUCCCAUAAACCCAUUUUAAACCCCAAUACCAUUUCCUCUACCUUAAGCUCCAGCCCUAGAUUCUUUUCUCCGGCUGUAGCCCUGCGCCACCGCCGCCAUAAGUUCAAUACGCUCAAGUGUUCUGCUUCGUCUUUCCCGGAAAAGCAUCACACUGGCUCUCCGAAAUCUGAUGAUGUCGUCGAGCUUCCGCUAUUUCCUCUUCCUCUUGUUCUCUUCCCUGGAGCUAUUCUUCCUUUGCAGAUCUUUGAGUUUCGCUACCGGAUGAUGAUGCACACUCUGCUCCAAACCGAUCUUCGAUUCGGAGUUAUUUAUACGGAUGCCGUUUCUGGAACGACGGAUGUUGGAUGCGUUGGUGAGGUUGUCAAACAUGAGCGACUCGUUGACGAUCGAUUCUUCCUUAUCUGUAAGGGGCAAGAGCGGUUCAGAGUUACUAAUCUUGUUCGGACCAAACCGUACCUCGUCGCCGAAGUUACGUGGCUCGAGGACCGCCCGUCCGGCAGUGGAGAAGAGGAUUUGGAUGCCUUGGCGAACGAGGUGGAAUCGUAUAUGAAGGAUGUGAUUCGAUUGUCGAACCGGCUGAGUGGGAAGCCGGAGAAAGAGGUUCAGGAUUUGAGAAGGAAUUUAUUCCCAACUCCUUUCUCGUUCUUCGUCGGAAGUACUUUCGAAGGUGCGCCGAGAGAGCAGCAGGCGUUGCUCGAAUUGGAGGAUACGGCGGCGAGGUUGAAAAGGGAGAAGGAGACAUUGAGAAACACUCUUAAUUACUUGACUGCCGCUUCUGCUGUCAAGGAUGUGUUCCCGUCCAACAGUUAAAAAGCAAGUCUCUGAGAAAUGUCUGUGGAAACUGGAACGAGAUGAAGCUAUAUUGUUGAAGUAGAAGGAAGCAAGUUGAAGGUCUAUGGCUCUCAAAGCUAAACAUCUCAAAAUCUUCCCACUAAGAUCAGAUUCAGAUGUUAUUCUUUGACUGUAUGGAAGGAUUUAUUAUGCUUGGGAUACCUAAAUUAGCCUUCUUUUGUUGGGUAAUGUCAGGGUGGAGUGAAAUAUUGCUUUGUGUUGGAAUGUUGGAUGGUCAAAUUUCUUGUAUGGUCUGUUUUGUGAUGAUGGGGGUAUUGUUCUAUUAGUUUAUUUACAUAGCAAACAUAUUUUUUCAAGCAAGUUCAUAAAGAACUUGAAUUUGGCAUUUGAUUGAAGUAUAUUCUUAUUUAUGGAGGUCAAGAACAGGGAUGAGUCUGUUUGGUUUGGUAGCUGAAUGUCUGAAUGUCUAUUGUUUUCUUCAUCGUGUGGUCUGUUGUGUUCAUUUUUGGUUAUGACCAAAUAUGAAGCUUCAAGCAAGAAAACAUCAACCAAGAGUUGAUAAUUUAUCAUGUUUCUAUCAGAUCAAAAUUUAUCCGUUUCUAGUUUCAUCACUGUUUUGUGUCCAGCUUUGCUUGAGUUCUUGAUGCUUGGAGUUUCAGAUUUUAUUCUCGUUUAACUGUAUUCUGGUAUUAAAGAUCCUACAAGGUGAGCCAUAAAAAUGCACUGAGAUGUGAAUAAUUAGCAUUUCUCUAUAAUGGGGGGACCUGGGACCCUGUAAAUGAGCUCACUUGGGCAAGCCAGGCGUCAGUUCUAAGUUGUGGAAAACUCUGCCUCUCCCUCUUUUCAAGUUCUUGCUUAAGUUGAACAAUGUCUGAAAUUCUUGUA